CCUUCCCUUGCAAGCAGCCGGCACGUCACACUCACCCGUAACUCCAAAUUCCGCUCAAACCAGCUGUGGAUUACACUAAUUCACAAUGCUCAAAGCAUUAGGAGAUCCUUAUGUUGUCGCUAAAUUCCAACAGACGUUUGGUCUAAGGAGGGUGGACGAAAAAGAUGACCUCUCCAAGAUGCGUGAUCAGAACGACUCCUCGUCGUUAGGAAAUGGACAUGUUUCCGAUGGAUAUUCUACACACAACAACCAUCUUCUCACGAACGGUUCAAAUCACGCCCAUCAGCGAAACGGAUUCGUCAAGCCUGAGCCACUAGAGAAGUCCAAAUCAGCUGGCAAGGAAAAGAAAAUCGGCCAGCAGUACGAGUGCAACAGAUUUUUCCACGCGCUUUUCGUGUUUGGUUCAACCCUGGGCUACGAGUCGUUUUAUCUCACAUUUUUUCCUUUCUUGAUUUGGAACAUUGACGAAUAUCUGGCUCGAAGAACUGUUAUUUUAUGGGCUGUUAUUAUGUACCUAGGCCAGAGUGCCAAAGAUGUCAUUCAGUGGCCAAGACCGCCAUCUCCUCCAGUGAUUUCUGUGGAGAAACGUUUCCAAGUGGAAUAUGGCAUGCCGUCGACCCACGCGAUGGUGGGGACUAUUAUUCCGUUUUGUUUGGUGUAUUUUAGUUACGAUCGUUACCAGUAUCCCUUAUACAUUGGUGUUAUAUUUGGAAUAUGUUGGUGUGUUCUGGUAUCAACCAGUCGUCUGUACAUGGGAAUGCACACACUGCAGGAUCUUCUUGUUGGCAUUGCAUUUGCUGUUGUUUUACUUGUCACUGUGAUUCCACUUCUGGAUGUGUCUAUUGACAAGUGGGUGUUCAGUUCUCCAAACACACCAAUUUUUCUCAUCGUGGUUCCAAUGAUCAUGAUCCUCAUGUAUCCAUCACCACCAAAAUACACUCAGACGAAAGCAGAUACUGCUACCAUUAUAUUUGGAGCCUGUGGAGCACUGCUUGGUACUUGGGGAAGGUUUUACUUUCAAGGGGUGCCCGACCCUUACCAAGGGGCACCAUACCCAAUCCGAAUUCCUGGUUAUGAGGAGAUGUUUUGGAUGAUUGGCAAGUUUUUGUUUGGUGUUGGAGUGAUUAUUCCAACGCGUGCAGUGAUGAAGUCAACAGUACAUACAGUUGUACCAUGGCUUCUUGCAGAGACUGAUCCAAAGAAGAUGAAAUCUGUUUCAGAAAUCCCCCAUCGUUUCCUCACAUAUAUAACGGUUGGCUUCACUGCAGUGUUCUUUGUUCCUCACAUUUUUGCUUAUGUUGGAGUGUGACCAUCUCACAGUGGCGGUUCUCUCUGAUUACUAUUGAAGUCGUGGAUCAAUGUCAGUAUCUGAGCAAAAACACCCCUAACCCUCCCUUAACCUGAUAACAGACAAGUGAUAACAGGUUAGGGUUAAUUUUGGACUGGGGAAGGCAUAGACACGCAGUUUUUCAGAUACUGGCAUUGAUCUGAUCAUCAUUCAAGGAGUAAAGGUAUAAUUGAUCCUUAACCUUGUAAACAAAAUUUUCAUUCUGUGCUACUGUGAGAUAAAAGAUUAGAAUCUUGGAAUUUCUUUUUAUUGAAUUUGUAGUUAUACUCCCAAAGAAUUGCAUUAACAAAGAGCCAAAAAUGUAAAUAUAUAAACCAAUGUAGUUAAGGGCUGGUAAGCAGCAUGGCUAAGUAUUUGGUUGAAAACAUUGAUGACAUUUGUCAUCAGCAAUUAUAGGCUUCAGAUUUUGUGGACUGUUUACCAGCUCUCUAUGGUAUCAAAAACUGAUGGUCUUACCAAUUGUUGGUGUGUUCUGUAAUCAAUGACUGGCACAUGGU